AUUUCAUGCUUUAUUUUUUUUUUUAAAUAAAGAAUUAGGAAGCACAGGGAGGCGAGGCAGGGUAGAAUCCCGGCAGGAUAAUUUCCGCUUCCGGUGCCAAAGGGCAAGUGGAAUGUAAACACGGCACCACGAAGUGUUUCAGGUAACUGGCUGCGGGUUGGUGGUGGAUAGCAGAGGAGAGGGAAGCGAGAGUUUUACAGAAUGGCUUCCUUUGGGUGGAAGAGGAAGAUUGGUGAGAAGGUAUCCAAGGCCACGUCCCAGCAGUUUGAAGCCGAGGCGGCCGAUGAGAAGGACGCGGCUGAGAGUGAGGAUGGGAACUGGCUCCACGCCAGCAAACGGAGGAAGGAGACGCUGCAGGCGGGCUGCAGGCAGAGGAGCAGGCAGCUCAAGGACGAAGGGGCCCAGCUGGCUGAAAACAAGCGAUACCAGGAGGCAAUUCAGAAGUGGGACGAAGCACUGCAGCUGACCCCAGACGAUGCCACCCUUUAUGAGAUGAAAUCACAGGUCCUGAUGUCUCUUCAUGAAAUGUUCCCAGCAGUACAUGCAGCAGAAAUGGCUGUCAAGCGUAACCCACACUCAUGGGAGUCUUGGCAAACUUUAGGUCGAGCUCAGCUUGGAUUAGGGGAGAUAGUCCUGGCGAUUCGAAGCUUUCAGGUGGCCCUCCACAUACAUCCAGGGAGCCCCGAGCUGUGGAAGGAAGACCUGUUGUGGGCAAGAAAGCUCCAGGAGCAGCAGAAAGUAGCACAGAGGAUUGAAAAGAAAGAAAUGCCCCCGGAAGGACCGGACCUCUCCCCAGGCUCCAUCCCGGACUAUGACUUCGAGAGCGAUGAGAUUGUUGCUGUCUGUGCAGCUGUGGCGGAAAAACAGAAGUCGGCAUCUGCAAAUAAAACAAUGGUUAUCGUGUCGGCGUCUGGGACUGUAGAGAUCGUAAACGAGAAGGGAGAGGGCUCUUCCACCCCGGAUGGCUCCGUCUUUAUCAAAGCCCGAUGAAGCCAUACACAGUGGAAAAUAUUUGAAUCCUUUUUUUCUUUUUGGUUGUUACUUAAAGCUUAGAUGACAUAGGGAUAUGCACUGUGGAGGAAGGGGGAAAGUCCUGUUUUAAAAUGAGGUUUUUUUUUUAGAUGAAACAUGCAAAAAUCAAGUUGUGGAAUUACUCUUUAGUGAGUGGACUGUACUUCUGUAACUUUCAAUAUGUACUUAAGGUUAGCAUCUUAUGUGAAAUGUGUUUUGACUGAUAAGCAUUUAAUUUGUCUGUAUGGGAGAGUACCCUCAAAGGCAGUGUUUGGAAAGUGCGCUCUUGAAUAGUGUAUCCUGACGGGCGUGUGACCACAGUGCUCACAUGGAGACUUUGCUGUGUGAUAAAGGAGGUGUGUGCUUCCUUUCCCUCCUGUAAAUCUGCUGUUGUCAUUCUCCUAUUUUUCUUGCUUCACCAGUGUAAGUUUUCAUCAAGAUUGAAUAUUUCUGGCAUCCAUUUGGAUUCAAAGUGAUUGCUUCAUUAUAUGUGAAUAUUUGAAAUAUUUGAAGUUUGCCUAAAAAUGCAUGCAGAUGUAUGUGUCCUGAACAUUUCUUUGAAGGUUUGUUGUCCUUGUUAUUCUAAUGUUCUAAUUUGUGCUUCUGUUUUGACUUUAAAGUUAAGAAGUGGUGAGUGUCUUCUUCAGUAUGUGAUAACUGUGGAUACCGGUGUGCUAGAGAUGCAUUCAUUUUACUGUUACGAGUGAGACAUCUUUACCACAAGUCAGUCCUUUUGUAAAGAUGAAUGGCAUUUGCUGAUUGUCAGUAAAGUCUAUUCCUGCAUCA